AUGCUUACAUCUUGUAAAAAUAAUAAAGAUGAAACAAUCGUACUCCUUGAGUACGAUCGGCAACGAUGGACUAAGAAAAAAUGGUCUUCAUUCAUCAUCAAGAAGAAUAAUUCGACUAUCUGGAUGGAAAAAGAAGCCUUGGGUCUGAAACCAGCAAACAAGCAAAUGAGGAAGGAAUUAAAGAACCAGAGUUGCUCACUUCUGGCCGAAGACGUGACGCGUUUAUCAGAUAAAACAUUACGUUACCUGCAAGAGGAACUAGGUGUAUCGCUGACUGAGUUACGAAAUGCUUUGCUCAGGUUUGCGGUAGAUUCGGAUUCCCUCAAGAGUGAGCUUGUGAGUUUGCUACAUAAGCAUGGGCCCUAUGUUUGGGGCAAAGAAGAUCGAAAUCACUUGCUGAAGCCCAACUCGAGUACACGAUACGAGAAAGAUUUAUUUUAUGACGAUGAGAACGAUAGAGAGAUUAUGAAAAUACACCUCCAUAGAUGGGUCAUUAUGAAGAUUUGCAAUAUUAUAAAAUACUUGGAGUGUAAGGAAAAGCAAUAUAAACAUAAACAGACUACUGGUAGUGACAGCAAGGGUCUCAAGCGGAGGGCUAGAACCGUUUCAGCCAAUCCUAACAAUAGCGGGGUACAAUUGAAAGCUGCAAAACGGCGGAAAUUAUCGAACGUUCUACAGCAAUCGACCCCGGGGACCUCUGCCGUUGUCAACACCAGAGGAUUUACCGCAGUCAACUCCCCGCUACCUGCUGAAGUGACACCCAAACACCAACCACAGGAAGCCGCGUGGAGUUUUGCCCAGGGACCCCAGCGAUGCAUCCCUGGAAGCGUUUUUUGUCACAACAAUGGCUACAGGAGUCCACGUGAACCCUGUCCGCCUGUUUCAAUGCCAUCCCGGCUUGCCAUUGACUCUCCCAGCUUCCUUUUACCAGUACCAUUUGAAUCUACUCCCGUAAGCAAUAGUUUGCCGCCAUUGGCUUCGGUUUUUUUCAAGAAUAGGGGAUGGGGACAUUCAGAGAACUAUCUUAUAGUUAACCCUGCUCAUUCCUCCCACGCUACACAGUCACAGCCACCAUCACAAGGUGUAAAGCAACACGCACUCCAAAUCUGUCGACCGCAUCAUCAUCAGCAUAUACUGCCUCCACCACAUCCGCAUAUUCAACACCAGCAACCUGCACAUCAACCGCCUGUUCUACCCAAUGCUUCAACACGCUACUACGAACGUUCUCGUGAACCCCGUCCUUAUAGUAGGGACUACCCUGUAGUUCAGCAUGCUCAGCUGCCCCACGCUCGAAAGCCACAGUCUCAGAGUCCUCAGCAACAGCCCCCUUUAACUGGACUGCCUAGCUUACCCAAUGUUUCAGUUAGCCCCUUUGGAUAUUCUCUUGCACCUCAACCAGCUCCAGCCAUUUCCCGACAACCGGUUCCCCUCAAACGUCUCCUCCUCCUGCAAUGCGAUGUCACUGCUCGUCUAUUACUGUUUUUUUUUCCUCGAGAUUCGAUGCGUCAGGACGAAACAGCGCUCUUCGAAGACCUACGCGAGCUCUGGUUGCAAGGCGAGUCGCUUUUCCGUAGAAAGCUCGCCACCCAAUACGACCUUAUUUCCGAAAUCCUGAAUGCCUGGCUUCAGCAACGAGAAGCUAUCAUUAAAUUGCGCCACUCAACGGCUGCCAACCUGGGCGUCUCAAAGCAAGUAAAUGUUGAGCGCCUAUUGGCGCUCAACAACCUCCGGGCAAUGCUAAUCAAGUGGGAUGACAUGAGUCCCAUUGAUGGGAAAAGUUCUGAAGACCUGCUCUGCGUAGCCUUCAGCGUCAUAAUCAAUUGCACGGAUAACGGAGACCUGUUCAAGGAUAAGCUUAAAGAGCUAAGGUCUAGUGUAGUUAAUCUCUUACGCGGCGAAGACAGCAGGGGUAUUUUGUAA